GAGAGUUGAGAUGCGCGCUCCAGCCAGCAGCAGUGAGUGAGAUUAGAGCGCAUCAUCCUAGCUGGCUGGCGAAGUGACCGAAGGGCUCUCAGCAACGCGGUCGCAUGGUGGUUUCUGUGUGCGUGGGCCGUCGUCGUUGAUAGGGAGGUAGUAGAUAGUAGAUGGCGCUUAGUGGCUAUUAUACUGCUGCGGCUGCGGCGAUGAUGCACUGUAUUGUUUCGCGAAUCGGUUCAGAUUUUUAAUUGCGCUUAGACUCCCGAGCGGUUCGGUCGUGCUUUUUAAUUACUCUCUCGACGGCGGUAACUUUAGGGUGAAGGUGUUGACGACGGUUACGGUUCCAGUUCGGCGCGGGGUGAAAAGUUGAGUUUUAAGUGGCUGCCUGACUCGAUUACGAACUGAAUCGUUUUCGCCCGUGAAGAUGAUUACAGUGUUUGGUAGAUGUAACCGAAAGAGAAGAGCUAUCCAUACUGUGCGUAACGAGUGAAAUCCAAGUGAUUUUAGCAAGAAAAUUCUAACCGGAGAAGUGUUGAAGUUUGUUGUGGGAUAAAGCCUAGCCCAGAAGAAGAAAAUUUACCCAUCGAUAUUGUCCGAAGGAAAUUGAAUUGAUAGCUAUUGUCAGAGUCGAUUGAUUGUACAAUACGGCAAUCGUCCAGAGGCAGUGUGAUAAGAGAAAUCGUUUUUCGGUUACGUCAGUGAAUUUCUGAACACCGAGGCAGCUCCUGUAUAAAUCACUUCGUCACCCGUGCAGCCUCACCUUCGCCCCGCAAUUGGAUUGGUGCAGAUGCCCAAAAAACCUUAAAGCCCAUCAUCAAAAGCCCCGAGCAGUCGGCUUAGUCAGUCGCGACCGGCACCUAAUAUGUCCGCUCCCUCAUGCUGGAAGAUUCUGACGCGAAAGAAAAUCCUCUCGAUCGACGGUGACGGCUCGUCCGGAGCGGACAAUGGCAAACUGGGACGGAUACUGAACACCUACGAUCUGACGGCGCUGGGCGUUGGAGCCACCCUCGGCGUUGGCGUGUACGUACUGGCCGGCCACGUCUCCAAGGACCAGGCCGGACCGUCGGUUGUGCUGUCCUUUCUGAUAGCGGCCGCUGCCUCCUUUCUCGCUGGCCUUUGCUAUGCGGAAUUUGGAGCCCGAGUACCAAAGUCCGGUUCGGCAUACAUCUACAGCUAUGUAUGCAUUGGAGAGUUUAUGGCGUUCGUCAUCGGUUGGAACCUGAUGCUGGAGUAUAUUAUCGGUUCAGCAAGCGUGUCCCGGGGGUUGAGUCUGUACAUCGACACGUUGGCAAAUGAUACGAUGAAGAUUCGGUUCCGGGAGAUUGCUCCCAUGGAGUGGGACUUCAUGUCCAGCUAUUUUGACUUUUUUGGCUUUUCGGUGGCGAUCUUGUUGGGAGUCGCCCUGGCCUUCGGCCUUAAGAAGUCAACCAUAGUAAACAACUGCUUCACGGUGCUCAACAUCGGCAUUGUUUUGUUCGUGAUCAUCGCGGGAGCGAUCAACGCGGACGUCUCCAACUGGAACGUCAACCCAGCCAACGUAUCCACAAUCUACAACGUAGGCGAAGGAGGGUUCUUCCCCUUCGGUUUCGAAGGAACCCUGCGGGGAGCAGCGACCUGCUUCUUCGGGUUCGUCGGAUUUGACUGUAUUGCCACAACCGGAGAAGAGGUCAAGAAUCCACGCAAGGCCAUCCCUCGGGCAAUCCUGCUAUCUCUCUGUACGAUCUUCCUGGCGUACUUUGGGGUCUCGACGGUCCUCACCUUGAUGUGGCCCUACUACAAGCAGGACGUCAACGCACCGCUGCCAUUUGUGUUCAACGAAAUCGGGUGGACGUUUGCCAAGUGGACGGUGGCCAUCGGAGGGAUCAUCGGACUGGUUGCCAGCCUGUUCGGUGCCAUGUUUCCACAGCCGCGGAUCAUCUACGCCAUGGCCCAGGACGGACUGGUGUUCAAGGCCUUGGGAGAGGUCAGCCCGCGGUUCAAGACGCCCGUGUUUGGCACGCUUUGUGCUGCUUUGCUGACCGGUACCAUGGCCGGUUUGUUCGAUUUAAAAGCUCUAGUCAAUAUGCUAUCGAUCGGGACGCUGAUGGCGUACACCGUGGUAGCGAUCUCAAUACUCAUUCUAAGAUUUUCCGAAGCACCACAAACAGCCUCCAUUCCAUCUACCAGUAAGCAGAUGCAAGAAUCUUCAAACCUCCUCAAGUCCGGUGACCGCCUGACGGGGUCCGCCUUCAUGAGACAACUGUUCAACGUAUCCUGCGUCAGGAUACCGUCCCACACUUCCACCAGUGUCGUCGGAGUGCUCGUCACCCUGUACUGCCUUGUCUCCUUGGGGCUUUCGCUGACGAUCUACUACGCCAAGCAACCCCUCUACGAUCUGGAACCGUGGGCACUGACGCUGGCCGGUGCCCUUCUGGGCAUUCUCCUGAUCAUUCUGUUACUGAUGUCGAUUCAGCCGCGGGAAACGGCUGAAGCCCCGUUCAAGGUCCCCUUCGUGCCGCUGUUACCGGCGAUCAGUAUUUUCGUCAACAUCUACCUGAUGUUGAUGCUGGACGUGUACACGUGGAUUCGCUUCGGAAUCUGGAUGGGAAUCGGUCUACCGAUGUACUUAGUUUGUGUUUGUACUGGUAGGAAGAUUGUUGAAAAAGAAGGGAAACAGAUACCAAGUGCUCGGCCAAGUCAGAAUGGGCAGCUGCAUGGAUCUGAGGGAGAAGAUAAUCAUGGUUUUGAACACAGUGAGGUACCGACGACGAUCACCUCGAAUGGGUAUUACUCGCAGAAUCUAAACACGGUUAUCAACGGGAGUGAGGAAAAACAGCUUAAGUUGAUUCCGGUUGGAGACGUUCCCGGUAAGGACAAAGCUGACAAGGAGGAGGAGCUUUUACAGACAAAGGCCAAAUCGAGGACUCCGUCGCCCAAAAACAGCAUGGACGAAAUCGUGGCCGUUUCGGAACUGUCCGACUUGGUAACCGAGAAGGUUGAGCCGAACGGGAAGGCUUACUUUGUGGAGGACGUGAACGAGAAGAACUCAGAUUCAAUAGAGGAAACCAGCAAAGCGAUCGCCAUUUUGGAUGACAUUUUAAAUGACGAGGAAAAAAUCAUGGAUAACAUGUAUCCUUCUUUGGAUGACGAGUCCUUGGCUAGCCCGGUGUUCAGGGAACAAUCGGUAGUGGCAGAUAUUCAUCGGGAAGACGAAAUCUCUAUGCCACCAAUUGACGUAGCUAUUGUAGAACCAGUUCAGGAGGAAGAGGAAGAGUCCAAUCAUGAAACAGAUGUGGAGACAUCUCCUCCGAGUUCCCUCACCGUGGAGGAAGCGCCUCCUAUACGUCCUCGAGCUGCUUUUGUAGUUGGACAAGACGCACAAAGUCCUCUCAACUCAGACGAAGAAGAUGUUCACUACAAUCGAUUAGAUAGUCAAAAGCAAAAACAGUUCAUGACUCGACUAAGUACGCUGCUAAUCAAACCUCAGCAACUGCCAUACAAACGAAAGAGCAGAAAAUCAACUUCAGAGGAAACUACUGAAAACCCAGAACUACCUCGCAGCAACAGUGAACCGAGCUUCAUACUACUUCUAGACAAUAACGAAAAAAACGAAAGCGGGACUGACAGUCCUGAAAAAUCUCCAACAGAAGCUGUACCUCCUCCUCCCAUGUUUGACGAAGCUCUUUUCAACACAGUCAAACCGGAAAGCGAACUAGAAAAAGUCAAGACCCCAGUACCGGAGACUCCGGUCCCCGCAGCUCCCAAGUUCGACCCAAUCCUGUACAAUACGGUAGGUCGUGACAAGUCCACUCGACCUAGCAUACUCUCCUCUCCGAUCGUAAGCCCCGGUUACAGUGAGGUGACCCUGAAAAAACUCAAUCCUCAGUCUGCACCUCUGGUCGAAGCUCCCGCGGACACCGACGAAGAUUCGUCCGGCAAUCCCCGCGAAGCCUUCAAGUCCAAACUGGAGCAACUGCUUUCGCGAGGCCCCACCCCAAAAAUUCGGCCCAAAACUUUACCUCCACUAGCGCUAGAUCGACAAGUUUCCUCAAAUCCCGCGAACGCCACAACUCCUGCCCCGAUCAAUUCAACGGCGGAAGUUCCUGCACCGUCCAACGGUGAACCCCAGCCGGCCGCUCCAACGCCCACCACUCCGAGCAAUUUCCGAGAGCUGGCGAAAACUUUCGACACUGCCAAGAAGAAGCAGAAGCUAAUAUUCGACGAUGUGCUGAAAGCGAUCAACCCGGACACCCGGCCCAGCAGCAUACGGAACUCGCUCGAACAUCGGAUGUCGUUUUCCGAGUUUAAGAACGGGCUGAAGAAAACGGUGCCACCGAAACAGUACCUGCCCGAUGCGUGAUAAGAUGGUUGUGAAGCAGGUGAUUGCAUGCAAUAAUGUGUGAAAUGCUCGAGCAGUACGUAGCCUGGUUGAUAUGAUCUUGCUGCUACAAAGGACGGAGUGGUGCGAAUUAAGGUUUGGCCCUGUACGCGUUCUACGGAUUCCGCAACAGCUACCAGGAGGUCUACUCCCGCCAGAACGGGUGGACCAAACUCAAGUAUGUGCGCUGAAGGGGCGGUCCCUGUCAUCGUCCCCUGUCGGUCCUUUAUCCAAUCGUCAAUAGUGAGCAAAAGUGAUAUUUUCCUUCAGAGAAAUUGAGGAAUAAGCAUGGAACGUUAGUGUUAUUAACAAGCUAGGAAAAAGUGAUUAUUUAUGUAUCCAAAUGUGAAAGAAAGAAAGAAGAAAAUCAGUACAGGAAAACCUAAUAAAGCAUUAGUGCAUACCAUUAUUUUGAACUAGGUUAAGCGAACUGUAGAAAAUUAGAUAAGAGAGCCACGAAAAUAAAACUUGCCAUAUGUACAGAAACAAA